CAGCAGUUGACGUACGUGCAACUACUGCUAGGCAUGUUUCGCGCAUUCGUCUGAAUGGUUGACUGUUCAAUUACGAUUGCGAUACAUCGAUAAUCUUCGAUGCACAUGAUGCACUCAUUCGCUUAACACGUAUACAAGUCGCCAAGUCGACGCAACCACGCCUGCCUCCAAGUAUCGACCCAUAUAAUUCUGGGUGGGCCGGCCUAGCAUCUUCUUCAGACAAUAGUACCUCCCUUGAUAAGCUACUACAGCUUAAGUGGCGAGAUAUGGAAGGGAAUGUGCUACUGCCAAGAGGUCAAAGAUGUCUCCUUGUUAUACUAUUGCUUACGGCCACUGCUGCGGAGCAGUUAAUCGACAUAAACAAACGAACAUCCCACAGAAAACCUUUGCAAGAAACGCAUUUAUCAACCACAAGGCCCCGAACUGAGAGCAAACCUCAGCUGCUACGUCGAGCAAUGCUGCGCGCCCAUGGAGCGUCAUAUCCCUUAACAUUUGCCUCAGUUGAAAAUGCCAUCGCCGACUUGGAGGUCACCGCCGAAGCACCACCAAGCAUAUCAAGGCGGCAUCUGCUAGGCGCCAAGCGCAAGCCACCACCACCAUCACCCCCGCCCCCUCUACCACCCUCACGUCCUAUACGACGACGAUCCCCAAGUCCCCCGCCUCCAAACUUCCCUACAACCCCUGAAUCCCUGGACAUCGUCAUUGAGACACGCAACGUCGAGCCCAAUGACCCAAGUCCACCACCUGCAUCGCCGUUGCUGCCUCCAUCGCCGCCUCCAUCCCUGCCCCCCUCACAACCACCACCACUCCAACCGCAAACCCCGCGACCGCCUUCCCCAUCGCCACCGCCACCGCCCUCUCCUCUCCCGCCAUCACCACCGCCACCACCCUCUCCUCCCUCUCCGCCACCACCUCCAUCCCCGCGUCCUCCUCUCUUACCCUCAACCCCUCCGCCUCCUCGGCCGCCCUCCUUACCACCGCCGCGCCCACCACCUGCCAAGCAGCCACCCUCACCUCCACCACCUCCACCGCCGCCGCCCUCCGUCCCCGCCUCCCCCCUGCCCAAGCCCGAUAAGAACUACAUGGCGACGUCAGAGUUCUUUGAUCACACCAAGCUGGCCACCUAUCCGGCGGGAGCUGCGGAGCUCGAUGAGGGAUUCGACAUCUGGAUCAUAGCGGGCCAGUCAAACGCAGUGGGAGAGAACCAGCAGGGCUACGUUGAGUCCUGCUGCACCCCGCUGCCAGGCAGGCUCCUUACCUUCAACAUGCUCCGGAACCCGAAUGAUACCUGGCGGGACGCCGCACCCUGCGUAGGCUGCAUCAGUCGCGGCGCCGAGCCAUGGUUCAGCGACUCUUGCGGGCCGGACAUGGCAUUCGGCCGCGUGUUGCUGCAGUACGGGCUGUCUAAGCGGGUGGGCUUUGUGGCCACGGGUCUCGGAGCCACGAGCCUUUCGGAGAACUGGUGUGUGGGCUGCCUGCUGUACAACCAGAUGAUCGCGGCUGUCGUACGGGCCAUGGCGGCAGCGGGGCCGCGUGCGCGCCUGCGGGGCAUGAUCUGGGUGCAGGGCGAGGCUGAUGCCAAUACCCCGUGGAACGCCGCCGCCUACAACUCCCGCUUCUCCGCCUUCCUGACCGCCGUACGAGCCAAGCUUGCGCCGUACAACCCCUCUCUGCCGGUGAUCAUGGCGGUCAUGGCGGAGCGCAACCGCGCAGACAUCUUCCCGCAGAUUGCCGUCAUCCGCACGCAGCAGCAAAACUUCACCGCUCCCCGGCUUCUGAAAGUGGACAUGCAGAACUACAACUUCUACCUGCAGUCCAUGGCGGACCCCACCACCCCCGGCCACGUGUGGUGGAGCCAGGCCAUCCACCUCUCCCAGGCCGGCCAGUGCGACAUGGCGGCGGACAUGGCGGCCACCUACGCAGCAAGCGGGCUGCAGGGCGCUGCGUGAGGGGCCGCAACAGGGUGCUCCCGUAGCCCACUGGUUAAGAGUCUUACAGGCAACGGGAACCAGCGGGUAGGCUUUUCCGUCAACUAGGGGCAAUCCAUGGAGGCAAGACACAUGCAGCCAUGUUGGUGGUUGCAGAUGUCCACCGUACGGACGGGCUCCAUGACUUCCGGAUUCUUCCUCUUACUAGUUUAUUGCUUUCUUUGUUUGCCUCGGUUUGGAGUGAGGUGUUAUUUACCAUGACUGCCUAACGGAAGGCAGACGCUACGACUGGCAGGUGGGGGGAACGGUUCUGCGGCUGUUGCAUGGUGAGCUGUUGCAUUCGGUUAGUUCUGACCGUUAGAAGAUUUAGGACUAGGUUGUCCCUGCUACUCCAUGCACCUAGAAGAACACAGCGAUAUAGCGCAUAGUUCACAGCGUAUGUAUAGGCUACUAGGCACGUAGGCAGGGUUGCUGUUUCUAGAAGGCGUGAAGGUUUCCCUAGCUUGUGUUCUUGCAUUGCCGUACAAGGUUUGGAUCUUGAAUGUACGAGCCAUGGCCCGUACUGCAUGGGAUGUAUGGGUCAUCCAAACACCUUACAGAGGCUGGGAGGCAUGCGGCGUGCCUCUUCACCAUCUGCAUAUCCACCGGACGUAUCUUAUCCACCGCCUUCAGGUGGGAGUCAUGCCUCUUGUGAAGCAUCUGUGAACGGUUUGAAGUUUGAGCUCCUUUGCAUGUUGCGUGUCAUGGCAACACAAGAGGCAUACCUGCGUUUUGUGGUUAAACCAAUGUCGGGUGGCCAAACUAAUGCCGUACAGUGUUGUCGUAACUGGAGCCAUAAGGAUCGUCGCCUUUCCUUUUGAAAAGCAUAUUCAGUGUAUGU